AUGGGGUCCCAUCUGAACGAGACCUCAUUGAAGAGACAGCAGCCCGAGAAUUCCAACUCGAACGAUGACGUACAGCCCCCGCGCAAAAAGGCAGCAGUUCUCGAAACAAGGAAAUACCCUCCCAGUGCGAUUUCUCCUCACGAGGAGUUGAACAUCGAUGAAUCAAGAUUGUCUUGUGCAGAGGACUCCCGUACUGAUCAUAGUCAGGUAGCCUCCAAUGAAGAUCAACUUGUGUGUUUUGGUAUGAUAGGAGGCAUAAGCGGUAGUGUAAGCGGAGCUUGUCGGCUCAAGGGAUCGCCGACUCAAAGAUUCGCAGUCCAAUUAGACAGCUCUCACGGAUUUCACUGCAUUAAUGAUGCUUCAAUCAAGGGCAAAAUAAACUUAGACUUUAUCAAUAUUACGAAUGCAUGCUGCGAGAACGAAGAUCUUACGCUACAAGUCAUAUGCUAUGUAGAUGCCAUACAGUCAUCUAUCGCGCCGCUUUCUACACCAUGUCGGUUAGAUAUGAUUCUCUUCGGGCCUCAUAGUCUCUUCGAGGAUGUAGGCAGCUUUUUCGAAGAAUACAAUCUUUACCUUCAAGAUCCUGUCGGCUGCUCACAGAACGUCUUGUACCGAAACCCGCACAGAUUGUCGGCCGAGUCUGGGCCUGAUAUCUGGACUUUCAAUCUUGACAAGGAAGUUGCAGCGCCCUUUAGCGUAGAGAAUGCGCAGACUCGUCUUGGUUCGAUCGAUAUAUUGAACUCUCAGCAAGAUUGGGCCGAGACGAAACAACCUGGCUCAAUUCGAACAAAGAUGCAAAGUCAUCAAUUACAAGCCUUAACAUUCAUGCUCCAGCGAGAGCAAGGCUGGGCUUGGGACGGAAGCAGAGCAGACAUAUGGGAGCUUUAUUCCGAAACUACUGGUUCCCAUUUCAUCAACAAAGUAUCAGAUUCGGUUCAAAAGGAGACACCGCCGCAGUUUUACGGUGGAAUCAUAGCAGACCCGAUGGGUUUGGGUAAAACAUUGUCUAUGAUAUCUUUAGUUGCCUCCGAUUUGCUCUUCGAUCCAAAUGACCCGAGCUCCCUGACUGGGGCUGCUGCUGAAGAUUCGACUGGGUGCACAUUGAUUGUCGUACCACCUCCCCGCAUAUCUUCCCCAGCAGCAUUCCCUAUCGCCGACAUCACGGAAGUUCUCGCUUAG